AUGGCAGCGAUCCUCUCUCCCGAAGACUCGAAAGAAUUCAGCUCUUUCCUCGAUACGGUAGACCAUGACCUACCCCAUGCGUCAACCUCUUCGACGCACCAUCUCCCUCAAGCUUAUUCGACCUUCACGACUCGACCUCGCCUCGCCACCAAUUCGCAAUUUCUCUUUCCCAACCCGACCCUCAUCCCACCCCCACCACAAACGAUGAUGAACCCACCCGAAUCGUUGAAUCAAUCCCAAUCUUACUCGGAUCAGAUCCCACCUAGCUUUCCGAGUCAUGCAGCCGAACUGCUCGAUCAGGAAAAACUCGCUAGGAUGGCGCAACAGACGAGAGAAUUGGCCGAUUGGAUGAGGUCUAGAUCCACCGCGUCGGCCAAGCCAACCACGACCACCGCACCGACACCAUCAGCAUCCCCCGUGCCCGCCUUGGCGUCCGCAGCAAACUACGCACCACAAGCUGGGCCUUCAUCCCAUUUUCACGCCGUGGAAGCAGGAGCUCGCCGAACGCGACAAGCCUCGGGCGAGAUUCGGCAGGAGCAAAGUCCGAACAAGCGAGGACGUGUCAUCCCGACCGCGACACCUUUGAUGGACAUGCCCAACGCGACCGAACGAAACAUGUCUUCCUCCUCGUCGAACGACGACCUCGCUCGCCUCAAGGCCGCAGAGGAGAAGGCCCAGUUCGCGCAGAGGUAUACGGCGGGGAGGAUGCCGGUUCCCACGCUGAUGGACACGAGUGCAGCGACGACCGUACCCAUGCCUUUAGAUCUUCUACCCAUCCCAAAUGCGCCGGUCAACGGCUUUACGACCGAGAUGAUGUUGCAGACCUCACCUAUGACGAUGCGACCCGUUCAUUUGGCCAAGACGUUGCACCAACCCGUCGCAUCGACGAGCUCUUUCCAAGUCAUCGCACAACCUUCACCUGCAUCUCGACCGACGAAACGCAAAACACCCGCUACGCGCGUGAAUGGUAGUAUCAAUGCUCGUGCCUCAUCGCAUAGGAACGGACCUCGUGCUUCCACCUCAACAACGAUCCUAGGCUCGCUCUCUUCAACCGACUCGGAAACACUCAACCCCGGUCCGGCAUUGACCCCUUCCAACAUACCUUUUCCCUCAUCGAACGUACCCUAUCCGAAACUCACACCUCGUCGAUUACUGAAAGCACCUCCCGUUCCUCCAUCCUCGACGUCCUCUGCUUCCUUGACCGCUUUGAACGGAGGUAAACCGGGUCUCUUGACGGCCGAACAGAAGAAGGCGAACCACAUCGCUUCGGAACAAAAACGACGCGCGGCGAUUCGACAUGGCUACGAAACGCUUUGCGUGAUCGUACCUAGUCUUCGAGCCGCGAUCGAGGAAUUCGACGAGAGGGUCAAAAAACUUUCGGCCGUCAAGAAAGGCGCUGUACCCACCAACGAUUCGAAAACGUCAUCCUCUUCAAAGACGGAAGGGGGUUCAGGUCCUUUGAGUGGAGGGAUUGAAAUUGGGGGAGAGAAGAUCGAUGGAAGGGCCGGACCCAAGUCCGAAGCCGUCGUUUUGGGGAAGACGGUCGAUCAUCUGAGGGAUGUGUUGAGGGAAAGGAAGGAGUUGUUGGAGAGGAUGGCGAACUUGUAUGCCGUUGCGGGGGAAGGGGGAGUCGCCAUCGAUGCCGGGCCGAGGGUGUGGGAUGAACUUUGGGUUGAGGAAUCUUGA